AUGGGAGAGAUGGUAGAUCCAAUUCAGUUGAAAGAUGAGGGAAACAAGCAUUUCCAAGCCGGUGAGGUGGACAAGGCCAUUGAGUGCUACACAAAAGCCAUCAAGUUGUGCAAAGACAAAAAGGUGCUUGCUGUCAUUUACAGGAACAGAUCAGCCUGCUUCCUGAAAAAGGAAAGCUACACCAAUGCAGCCUCUGAUGCCUCCAAAGCCAUUGACGUGGAUGCAACAGACGUCAAAGCCCUGUUCCGGCGGUGCCAGGCUCUGGAGAAGCUGGGCAAGCUGGACAUGGCCUUCAAAGACGUCCAGAGGUGUUCCACCAUUGAGCCCAAAAACAAGACCUUCCUGGAGACCCUCAGGAGGCUGGGGGCUGAAAUCCAAGCCAAGCUGAAGACAACCUUCUCCACAGACUCACGGGUUCAGAACAUGUUUGACAUUCUGCUUGAUGAGGAGAUGGACAAGGACAAGAAGGAAAAGGCUGCUAACAACCUGGUGGUUCUGGCCAGAGAAGAUGCUGGCGCAGAGAGAAUCUUCCAGAACAACGGAGUGCCUCUGCUGCUGGAUAUGCUUGAGACCGGAAAAGAAGAGAUGGUCCUGGCCGCUAUCCGCACCUUCGCGGGAAUGUGCACUGGACACAAAGCACGGACCAUGGCCAUUAUCCACCUGGUGGGCAUAGACAAGCUGUGCAGCAUCAUGGCUGUCGACAAUGAGGACAUCGCCUUGGCAACUUCUGACCUGUUCCAGUGCAUCAACGACUCCCUUACCGGAGGAGACCGGAGGAUUUAUGGGAAGGAGGAAGCCCUGGUUUUGGAUGCAAGCAAAGACUUGAAGAGCAUCCUGAUGGCCCUGCUGGAGAUGGUUGCCAGUAAGAAGGUUUCAGGACACGGCAGAGACCAGGCCCUGAACCUGCUGUGCAGGAACGUGCCUCGCAAGGACAAGAAAGACCAUGACCACUCCAAGAGCCUCUUCACCAUCGACCAUGGUCUGAAGAAGAUCCUGAAGGUGUGUGGCCAGAUACCUGACCUCCCAGACCAGCUGCCCAUGACGGAGAACACUCAGCUCAUCGCCAGCGUGUUGCUUGACAAGCUCUGGGACGACCUCCGCUGCGACCCCGAGAGAGACCACUACAGGGAAGUCUGUGACGAGUACAUCAAAGGCAAGUUUGACCCCAACGACAUGGACAGGAACAUCCACGCCAUCAACGCUCUGUCAGGCCUGCUUCAGGGGCCAUUUGAGGUGGGCAACCAGCUGGUGGGUCGCCAGGGCAUCAUGGAGAUGAUGGUGGCACUGUGCGGCUCUGAGCGGGAGGUGGACCAGAUGGUCGCCGUGGAAGCGCUGAUCCACUCCUCAACGAAGAUGAGCCGCGCCUCCUUCAUUAUCACCAACGGCGUGUCGCUGCUCAAAGACAUCUACAAGAAGACCAAGAACGAGAAGAUCAAGAUCCGUGCGCUGGUGGGUCUGUGUAAGCUGGGGUCAGCAGGUGGAGAUGACUAUAGUAUGAGGCAGUUUGCUGAGGGCUCCACUGAGAAACUGGCCAAGCAGUGCAGGAAGUGGUUGUGUAACUCUGCCAUGGACACAAAGACCAGGAAGUGGGCGAUAGAAGGUCUGGCCUACCUGACCCAAGACGCUGAUGUAAAGGAUGACUUUGUUGAGGACGAGCCUGCCAUGAAAGCCAUGUUUGAACUGGCCAAGUCUAAAGAUAAGACCAUCCUGUAUGCUGUGGCAUGUACCCUGGUCAACUGCACCAACAGCUAUGAGAAGAAAGACAUCAUGCCUGAGCUGGUUCAGCUGGCCAAGUUCUCCAAGCAGCACGUCCCUGAGCAGCACCCCAAGGACAAGAAGGAUUUCAUCCAGAAGAGAGUGAAGAGGAUGCUAAAGGGAGGGGUCAUCUCAGCUCUCACUGUCAUGGUGAAAGCUGACAACCUUCUCCUGACUGACCAGACCAAAGAGAUGCUGGCAAGAGUGUUCCUUGCCUUGGCAGAUGAUGCCAAAGACCGUGGCACGAUUUGCGCCCAUGGAGGGGGCAAGGCUCUGAUCCCAUUGGCUCUGGAGGGAUCAGCUAUAGGGAAAAUAAGGGCCUCCCACGCCCUGGCCAAGAUUGCUGCUGUGUCCAACCCAGAGAUUGCCUUCCCAGGAGAGAGGAUCUAUGAGGUGGUGCGUCCUCUGGUCAGCCUGUUGCACCCUGAGAGAGACGGGGUGCAGAACUACGAGGCACUUCUGAGUCUCACCAACUUGGCUGGUCUCAACGACAAACUGAGAGGGAAGAUCCUGAAAGAGAAGGCUCUCCCUGAGAUUGAGCAGUACAUGUUUGAAGACCAUGAUCAUAUCAGACAGGCAGCCACAGAGUGCAUGUGCAACCUGGUGAAGUGCAAAGAGGUGCAGGAUCGGUACCUGGAGGAUGGGAAUGAUAGGCUGAAGCUGCUGGUGCUGAUGUGUGCUGAGGACGAUGAAAAGCUCCAGAGAGCUGCAGCCGGAGCACUGGCCAUGCUCACUGCUGCCCAGAAGAAACUGUGCACCAAGAUGACCCUGGUGACUUUGCAGUGGAUGGAGAUCCUUCAGAGGCUCAUUCUCCAUGACCAGCCCCAGAUCCAGCACAGAGGCCUGGUGAUUGUGUACAACAUACUGAACUCGGACGACAACGAGCUAGCCAAGAAGCUGAUCGAGAGCGAGAUCCUGGAGAUCCUGACAGUGAUUGGCAAAGCAAUGGACAACCCCAAGAGGCAGCUUGUGAUCGAUGUGGCACGCACCUGCCUGGUCAAGGCCAUGGACCUCGGCCUCAUCAAGCCAUUCACAACCCCUUCUUAAAGCAGUGUUUCUUAAGCUUUUUAUAGUACUACGGACUGGCUUGCAAUGGACCUACUCCCUUAAAGGCGCAACCCAAUCAACCAGAAACAAAUCACACAGAAAUAAGAACAUGUUUGACAGUUCCAUUUUAGUCCAAUGAGUGUGUAUAUUUGGUGGGUACACUUGCGAACGCCCAUACCCCUCACUGCCCACAGUCCUCCCAAAGUGUCAGGCCGACACUUGUUACAGUACAUUGGACUUACAGUUUGUGCCUUUUAAUGAAAACUGCAACGUGUGAGCUAAUUACAGUCUGCCUAACUUGCUGAUCAGAAACACCCCAUAGAUUGAGGUCCAGAGACUGAAGAUUGAGAGACUCUGCGUUGAGUGUAGGCCUAUGGACAGGGAGGCCAGGAGAUGGGACUGAUGGUGCACCUGAACAGCCACCUAUCAUGAAAUCAGAGACAGUACAAAUUAAUCUCUUGAGAAUUUUUCAUUUUCAGAAAGAAAACACCACGUGAACGUUUAACAAUUUAUUAGAAAAUAAUACAAUGCCUGUCUUGGCAUUAGAGCUCUGUCCUGCAGGGUAGCUCACUGCCAGAGCCAAGCGUCAUAUGAAUGUUAAAGUAGAACUAUAGGCAGUGAGCACGAUAUGCUAUAUCAAAUCCCCCCCCGACGGAAGAAACACAGAACCCACAGGUGGAGGCUGGGGUGGUGGUGGUGGGAUAUCAGAAACAGCAAGCAUAGCGCGAGUAACAGCUAGUUACAGCAGCAAGAGACAUCAGCGCAUGAGAGCAUGUGACAUCCAGCAUUGGGGAAGCAUGUGCAGAACUGGUCGACUUCAAUAGACUGCAUCUAAUUAAUGGGAAUCCAAUUGGUGCAAUAUCCGCUGAUGCGAUCAGCUGAAGCCACCACAUUCAUGUUUCCCUUCUGAACGGCUACACUUUAUCUUGAUCUUUUUGUAAGUUAAGUAGAGUUUAUUUGUGUGGAUGAGAGGUGUUUGUUUAAUGUUAUUUGUAUUUUACACUUAUUAAGGAUAAAGAUGAGAAUUUUGACUAUUGUCUACUUUGAUUUUAGUGGACAAUUUUAUUCUACUGUUUGUCAGUACAGUGUAGUAUGCUUUUCGACAAUGGACAUUGGUCAUGACUGUUUUUGAUAAGCAGUUAAAACAGUCACAUGGGCAAAAUAUAUAUUCUUUUAAGGUUUGGACUUUUGCAGCAAGAAGAAGACGAAAACAUUUGUUCAAUCUGCAGCCCAUGAAAGCAAAGUUGUCUGGCUAAAGCGAAACGGAAGAAAUGGGCAGGGCUGUCGGCAUCCAGUGACCAUGAAGUGGCAUUUUCAUUUCCGUCCACUGUGCUCACUUGUUUUUGAACAACAGAGAUUGAAGAGGAUGUGAGACACCCCCAUCAGUUUUUUUUCUGUUUCAAUGAAAGUCCAUUAACUAAGUAGACCAGACACAACUGCUAUUGCAUUGGUGUCAAUGGGAGACACCCAGUUAAGUAGUCUGGAACUGCCAAUUUCUUUCAAUGGUAAAAAGCCUGAGUGAAAUAUUCUCAAUUAUCUACCAUCUUGGUAUACAGCUUAUGUCAGAAUUGACCUCCAGGUGGCCCUUAACCCCCAAAAUAAGACUUCCAUCUUGAUGACUUCCAGAAAAAGACUUGAUGAGCAAAUAGCCUCACACAGAUUUUGAUGUGUGUAUUUUUGCAUGUGCAGUAAGCCCACAGGCGGAUUCUUUCCUCCUUUCUUGGCAGAGAUCUCAGAAAAGGUUAAAUUGUAAACCCGCGACCCAAAUUGAUCACGUAGAAUGUACACUGGGUGUACAAAACAUUAGGAACACAGACUGACCAGGUGAAAGCUAUGGUCCUUAUUGAUGUUACUUGUUAAAUCCACUUAAAUCAGUGUAGAUGAAGGGGAGGAGACAGGUUAAAGAAUGAUUUUUAAGCAAUGAGACAUGGAUUGUGUAUGUGUGCCAUCCAGAGGGUUAAUGGGCAAGACAAAAUAUUUAAGUGCCUUUGAACUGGGUAUGGUAGUAGGUGUCAGACGCACCGGUUUGAGUCAAGAAGUGCAAUGCUGUUAGGUUUUUCACGCUCAACAGUUUCCCGUGUGUAUCAAGAAUGGUCCACCACCUUAAAGGCGUCCAGCCAACUUGACACAACUGUGGGAAGCAUUAGUCAACAUCCCUGUGGAAUGCUUUCGACACUUUUUAGAGUCUAUCCCCUGACGAAAUGAGGCUGCUCUGAGGGCAAAAGGGGGUGAAACUCAAUAUCUUAAUGUUUUGUACACUGUGUAUAUGCCAUAUCUCA